CGGAGAAGCCGCGUGUUGCCUGCGUAGUGUCGUCAGCGCCUGUAGGUGGGGCGCGUGCCUGGGUUGGUGUGUUCUCCGUUAGUCGGGCGGGCCGUUCCGAGGGGGAUGGCGAAGACUGUGGCCUAUUUUUACGAUCCGGAUGUAGGCAACUUUCACUAUGGAGCAGGACAUCCCAUGAAGCCACAUCGCUUGGCACUAACCCACAGUCUGGUGCUGCACUAUGGACUCUAUAAGAAGAUGAUUGUAUUUAAGCCAUACCAAGCAUCCCAGCAUGAUAUGUGUCGGUUUCACUCAGAAGAUUACAUUGACUUCCUUCAGAGGGUGAGUCCCAACAACAUGCAAGGAUUCACCAAGAGCCUCAAUGCUUUCAAUGUGGGUGAUGACUGCCCAGUGUUCCCAGGACUGUUUGAAUUUUGCUCUCGAUACACUGGGGCCUCCUUGCAAGGAGCAACACAACUGAAUAAUAAGAUUUGUGAUAUUGCAAUAAACUGGGCUGGAGGGCUGCACCAUGCCAAGAAGUUUGAGGCUUCUGGGUUUUGCUACGUCAACGACAUUGUUAUUGGCAUUUUGGAACUCCUCAAGUAUCACCCACGUGUACUUUACAUUGAUAUAGAUAUUCAUCAUGGAGAUGGCGUUCAGGAGGCUUUUUACUUAACAGACCGUGUCAUGACAGUGUCUUUUCACAAAUAUGGGAACUAUUUCUUCCCUGGCACAGGUGACAUGUAUGAAGUUGGGGCAGAGAGUGGCCGCUAUUACUGUCUGAAUGUGCCUUUACGUGAUGGCAUUGAUGACCAAAGUUACAAACAUCUCUUCCAACCAGUCAUUAAUCAAGUGGUAGAGUUCUAUCAGCCAACGUGCAUAGUCCUGCAGUGUGGCGCAGAUUCGCUAGGCUGUGAUCGUCUGGGUUGCUUUAACCUCAGUAUAAGAGGACAUGGGGAGUGUGUGGAAUACGUAAAGAGUUUCAACAUCCCCUUGUUGGUGUUAGGAGGAGGUGGCUACACAGUUCGCAAUGUGGCCCGGUGCUGGACUUAUGAAACAUCGCUACUUGUGGAUGAAGCAAUUAGUGAGGAACUCCCUUAUAGUGAAUACUUUGAAUACUUUGCUCCAGACUUCACACUCCACCCUGAUGUCAGUACUAGAAUUGAGAACCAGAACUCAAGACAGUAUUUGGAUCAAAUCCGGCAAACUAUAUCUGAGAAUUUGAAGAUGCUAAACCAUGCGCCCAGUGUACAAAUCCAUGAUGUCCCUUCUGAUCUGCUGAGCUAUGAUCGCACAGAUGAGCCUGAUCCUGAAGAGAGAGGUUCAGAGGAGAACUACAGCAGGCCAGAGGCUUCCAAUGAAUUCUAUGAUGGUGACCAUGAUAAUGAUAAAGAAAGUGAUGUGGAGAUAUAAAGCCUGAAUCGUUGGAGUAUGGACUAUGUGGAGUUCAAUGCCUAGAUGCUGGUCCUCUAAGGAAGUGUGGAGGUCUGGUAGAAAGCCUCUUCCCUCCCCUCUUGUCAGUUGCAGGAUGGCAGCAGAGCUCCUGAGGCAUAUAACUACUCGGGCACAAAGGCAGUGAGAGUCCCCACUGCACCCCUACUUCACUGGCCUUUGUUCCUCUUGAGACUGUGCCUCUUCCACUGUUAUUGAAAUAGAAAUUCCUAAGAAUUUUAUCUUCACACAAAUCUGUCAGGGCUCAUUCUGCAGUGACUUCUUCUUCAAGGAACGACAGGAAGUACUGCUACAAUUGGGAUAUCUCUUCUGUCCUCAGCAACUUGCUUGUUGGUUUUCUACAGGAUUGUUUGUGAAUCAUUCUGUUGGCAGGCAGCUUCAGUGAAUAGGUCAUUUACCUGCCAGGUUCUCAGCCAACCAGAGUCUCCUGUUGCAGUAACUGACAAAAGGGAGAACCAGACAACUUUGGUUAACAUUGUAGCUCAGCAGAACAGAGGUGAGAGGGUCAACUUUGGGUCCAUUUCAAGUGAAGGAUUGUUCAGUGCAUAGUUUUCUUGCAGAGUUGUUCUUUCUGUAGUAACCUUUUUUCCACCCGCCAAACUGGUUCAUACUUAAAACUCUUUUACCCAUAUGGGUAUUUUGAGAAGCAAAGGACUUGGGCUCUUUCUUUCUUUCUUUCUUUCUUUCUUUCUUUCUUCUUGGCCACAUCAUGUGUUUAGAUGUCAGCAUGGUGCCAAAAGACCUUAUCAAUGAAGAAUAAAUCUGUCAUGUAUGUCUCCAUAAUUCUCACAACUAGAGCACCUAUCCAUAGCUCCAUAAUUUUAAUGCACCUCCAAGAGCAGUUCAUAUACAAGCUUUCACCUUCACUUCAGAUAACUUCUCAACCAAAAGUUACCUUGAUUGUAGGGAGAAGCUUGAGCUAAAUGUAGUUAUAUGGCUGUGCAACUUCUCCCUAUAGCUGAGCCUCUCCCAUCUUACAUGUAGGAUAUGUGAUGAAUCCCAUCAUUUGAGCACAGAUGUUCCGCCAGAAUCUAGAAGAUUUCCUUGCGUUGACAGCAAGGGAGACUUUCCUUUUCUUUCCUUUUUGACUCCAUAUAUAUUGAUGCAAUGUGGACCUCAUUUUGGCUGCCAUUAUCAGCCAUUAGCUCUGUGUGAAGCAGAUAACCUGUCCAUCAGUUAUUCUCUGCAGCUAGAAUGACAGAACAGCAAUUGACCUUCUUGUCCUUGUGCUUAUAUUUUUACCAGUGUUUAAAAAAAAUAUUAUUAAACCACAGGAUGGUAUUUUUCUUAA